CAGCGAUCACAGGGCUCGAUCAAGAAAUGAACAAGCAGCAGCAGUUGUGCUAAAAAAUGCGAUUCUGUCGUCUAUGUUUUGCUAUAGUUUCUUCGCUCUUUCUUUGUAAAUAGUUAGAAGCUAAAAUUGUAAACAAUAUCUGCAACGCUGGGUUCCACAUAUAUACAGCUUCAUAUGGACCCAUCGUCCAUAAUAACACAAGUUCCAAAGUCGCAAAGUGAGCAAGAAUGUAAUGGAGAACCGGUAGCAGAUUUCAACGAAAAAGAAUUAUGCACUAAUCGAAAGAAGAUUCGAAACAGAGGACUUCUCUCAUCACUGUUUUGCUGUUUUGGAGGACGUGGUGAUCCAGCAAGUGCAUUUGUGAGCACAAGCCUAAAUCCGCCUGAAGAAAGUAUUAACCAUAAUCAUUACUCUAUCACAAAAAGUUAUGAAAGUGAACCAGAAGAAGAAAAUGCAAAUGAGCCACAGCUUGAAGAGGUAAAGUACCUCUUGCCCCCACUGAGGAAUGGUGACAAGAAGAAAUGCAUUGUUAUAGAUUUGGAUGAAACACUUGUCCACAGUUCCUUCAAGCCAGUUCGUGAUGCUGAUUUUAUUGUGCCAGUUGAAAUUGAUGGCAGUAUACACCAGGUGUAUGUUCUGAAACGGCCACAUGUUGAUGAGUUCCUAAAGCGAAUGGGAGAAUUGUUUGAAUGUGUUCUAUUCACCGCAAGUCUUGCAAAGUAUGCAGAUCCGGUUGCUGAUCUUUUGGACAGAAAUGGGAUUUUUGCUGCUCGUCUUUUUCGAGAAUCCUGUGUGUUCUACAAAGGGAAUUAUGUUAAGGAUUUAAGUAGACUUGGCCGUGAGUUAGGAAAAGUUGUAAUCAUCGAUAACUCUCCAGCUUCGUACAUUUUUCAUCCCGACAAUGCGGUACCCUGUACCUCAUGGUUUGAUGACAUGUCAGACAGAGAGUUGUUGGAUUUAAUACCGUACAUCGAGUCUCUCAAUGCCGUCGAUGACGUAGUUGUCUCCAUUCGAAAUAACCGCAAUAGACGCUUUGUUGACAUCGCCAACUCGGACGAGGAUGGCUAGAGAUCGAAGUGAAGUCUAUCUGGUUUUUUAAAUUCAAAUUGUGAUCAGUUUAUAAUUGUCUUGACGUAUUGGACGCUGAUGAUUUCUCGGAGAGAAGUCUCAAACACACGCGAAUGCUUAGAGAAAAAUUGUGGAAUAUUUCAAUGGGAUUUGUAUUCUACUUUUGAUAAUGUACAGUUUGGUAAGUUUGUAUCGCCGAAAGAUUUUAUUUUCAUAAUUUUAUUUUAUACCGUUUUUUAUAGAUUUCUAUAUGCUAAAUUGUUCCAUUUAGAUUAAAUGUAUAACUAUAUAAAGGCAUGCCAGGUUUCAAAUCCAGGUUUCAAGACUGGGAAAGAAACGAACAAAAACUGGAGAAUUUGGUCAUUUUUCUCCGAACUCCUUUUCGCAGCCCUCAUAAAACAUUUUUGUCUUUUGCUUAUAUAGUGCUUCUUCUGGAUAAGCAAAAUGUAUUGUUGUUUUGGAUUCGUGCUUGAUGUGCCUAAAAAAUCGUCAUUUGUGUUUUGGAAAUUGAAUUUUGUGUUGUUAGUUACAGGGACGUUAUGCUCAUUUUAAAUUUGUCUUAGUCUUACAAUGUAAUUAAGCACAUAUCGAAUUAAGCUCUUAGAUACAGGAUUGUGUUCAGAUAUCGAGAAUGAUCAAAGCGAGGUUCUGUUGUCCUUUCGCAAACGAGAUCAAACCUACAAUGUUUGGUUUUUGGAAGCCUUGCAGAAUUUACUGCUGUUGAUUGGCGAAAAGGACAAAACAAGGGCCCUCACGGUUCCAAACAACCGUGUACCUUUGACCGUUCAGGUUACUGAACUCUGCAGGUUGAUUGUUCUAUAUUUUGCAGUUUUUCCUGUGGUUACUUGUAUUUAUCAGCAAUAAUUUAGCAUAUUGCCAUGAAUUUAUAGUCAUUCCAGAGAAUUUGACCGUCUAUAGUUUUGUGCUGUUGAUGUUUCUCGAUCUUGUUUUGCAUUGAAGUAUUGAAACUAUUAGCAGGUCACAGUAGAAGCAACCUUUCCCAAUGGUAAACAAGCGUUUGAUGUAAAUAGACUGUCAUUUGCUUUUAGUUUCUCAUCUUCAGCAAAUAUACUAGAAUCAUGCAUAGAUGUAUUUUAACUGCAGACAAUGCUCCUUUACCCGCUGUGUGGUCCCAGUGAUCGGUAGGAUUUCAACCUCAAUGAAAAUAUGUUUUUGUUCGUGAGGCGACUGAAACUUAAGGAAACCUGUUAAAGGAAUCUGUCAUUUGAUUUUGGCGUUUUCCAAAACUGGAAACUUGGCUCUUCCUUUAAAUAACUUAAUAUGAGUUGAUACUUGUCAAAUAUCAAAGAGAAUUUGGAAUCCGAAAUGUUAACAAAAUUGCAGAUUUCCCAUUCAAUGGUGAAAGCACUAUAGCCUGGUUAACGGCAAAUCAAAUGUCCGUUCUGAUGUUUUUGCAUACUUUUUUAUCCAGUUAAAUCGAGUUAAGUGUAUUUAGUAUGAUAGAUAUUGCAUUGAUAUUCCAAAUAAAUCGUCUUUCAUGAGGGUGGAUUGGUCUAUUCUGGUUAUGUUUUUUGUGUAUACUCCGCCAUAUCUUUUAUAUCGGCAAUGAAUAUGGGUUGUGUGCAAAUGAAAUUACCGUAGAAAAUCGGAAAGGCGCACUACGCCACGAAAGCACACAGUGUUUUCUUUUGUCCGGUGAAAUCUUCUUUUUUAGCAUUUAUAAAUCAUAAAGAUUAAUCGCCUCUUCCUCUUCUCCCAAGAGUUCCUUCCACCCAAAAUCAAUAAUAAGAGUAUCCUUAAUGUUUGCAAAAAUGGCAGUCUCUCUAUUUCUGUCGUAGAAAAACAUCUUUGUCAACGUAAAAAUUUGUAAAUCUUUUGGUUAAUUGCACUAUAUCAUAUAAUAAAGGAUAGAAACGUAUUAUUGUGUUUGUGACUCAAAAUUGUACGAAGCGCGAAGAUUUAUGUUAACGACUGGUUGUCUGUUUUUGAACAAAGAUUUUGUAAUGAAAUAUCUGGAAAGUCCCGAAUGUCAAUUGUAAAUUAUCCUUAGCUUUCUAUACAGUUGCUCACUAUUAAUUAGCAUAUCGAGCCGUUCUUGUCCAAUAUGAAACCUUUGUAUUCAAAUAACCAUUUCUAAUUAGAAAAUUUUCUGUAUUUUAAAAUGUGAAUUGCUUUCAUAUGGAAACACAAUUGUCAUUUUCAAUUUUUGUACUAUUUUUAAGAUUGUAAAUUAUCAGGAUACAUCACGUGUU